AUGAGCGACUCAGCUAUUCAUGCCAUUGCUGGCGCCGCAGGGGGGAUUGUCGCAAUGACUGCAACAUAUCCCUUGAUCUUCAUCUCCACUCGGGCGGCUGUAGAGACCAAGAACGAGCAGAAGUCCACCUAUCAGGCCGCCCUCGACAUCAUUAAGCGCGAAGGGAUAUUGGGCCUGUACAGUGGCUUGAACUCAAGUCUACUCGGGAUUGCGAUCACCAACGGCGUUUACUAUUACUUUUACGAGCGUUCUCGGGAGGCUAUCCUUCGCUCCAGGUCAGGAAGUAAGGCUCUCAGCACCGUCGAAUCGAUGCUCACGGGGAUGGUCGCGGGCUCUGCAACAACCUUGAUCAGCAACCCAAUAUGGGUGGUGCAAACAUCUCAAGCCGUUAGAACAAUGGGGUCAGACAGACAGCCACCCGUCUCAGGAAAACUCGGUUUUCUCGAGACUGUGCAGAGCAUCCUUGCUAAAGACGGCAUCGGGGCGUUCUGGCGUGGAAUAGGACCGGCCUUGGUUCUCGUCAUCAAUCCUAUCAUUCAAUACACUGCCUUUGAGCAGUUGAAGAAUUUUUUGAUCCAGAGACGUACUGCCAAAUUACGCGCUGCUGGAGCAGCAGCCACCGCGGUUGCUGUGCUGUCUGAUCUGGAUUUCUUCUUCCUUGGAGCUUUUUCCAAGCUCAUCGCUACCAGUGCUACGUACCCCUACAUCGUCGUCAAGAGUCGACUGCAGGCUGGUUCAGCUAAUGCCUUGAAGUACAAGUCCUCGAUGGAUGGUUUGCUUACCAUCCUGAAGGAAGAGGGAGUCGAAGGCCUUUAUAAAGGCAUUGGAAGCAAGGUAGUUCAGAGUGUUUUAACAGCCGCCAUUCUUUUCGCGGGUCAGCGUAGGAUUUAUGAGAUAACCAAGGCGGCUAUCAUUCCUGUCAGCAAGACCUGA